AUGGUCUUCCUUUGCAGGUGGGAUAAGGGUGAGAUCGCAUGGACGACACGGAGGCUCCCGGCGGCCGGCACCGGACGGCGCGCGCCGGCUGUCUAUCUGCAGCCUUAUCUGUCGAGCAGUGACGAUAGCCCGCGACUUGAGUGCGAUGUUAUCGCUACGGAGACAAUAACCGCACAGCCUUCGAUGCCAUCCAACAUGAACGCGACGGAAGCCAGCCUCGACGUCAACAAGUCUACGCCGAUCUACACUAUAGGAACCAGCUUUAUAACGCAGUGGAAGCUACAGAAGUUGAAGAACCGCUCAUGUCUAUCUACAAACCUCCAGGAGUGCCAGGGCUACCUGCUCACCAACAGCACCAACUUCACCGACGUCUACUACUUCAAUAGCACUGUCGAGAACAUCCUCGUUGCAAACGGAGAACUGGAACCGGUAUUACCUCCCUUCCCCCUGUGGCUGGCAUCCAUCUUCGCCACCUGCCUCGUGCUCGUCAUACUGCUGACAAUCAGCGGUAAUGUGCUGGUACUGCUGGCAUUCCUCGUGGAUAGAACCAUCAGACAGCCCAGCAACUACUUCAUAGCGUCGCUCGCGGCCACUGAUCUGCUAAUAGGUACAUUAUCUAUUCCUUUUUAUACCGACUAUGUUUUAAAAGGUUAUUGGCAUCUCGGACCUUUGCUCUGCGAUCUGUGGUUAUCAGUCGACUACACUGUCUGUCUGGUAUCUCAAUACACAGUUCUACUUAUAACAGUAGACAGAUUUUGCAGUGUCAAAAUAGCAGCCAGAUAUCGAGCGUGGCGAACGAAGAACCGAGUCAUAUGGAUGGUGACUGUCACGUGGAUAAUACCCGCCUUACUAUUUUUUACAACUAUUUUUGGAUGGGAACACUUUGUAGGGUUUAGAGAUUUACAAGAAGGCGAGUGUGCUGUGCAAUUUCUGAAAGAUCCAAUAUUCAACACAGCACUGAUAAUUGGCUAUUAUUGGACGACUCUGUUCGUUCUUAUUGUAUUGUACGCAGGCAUUUUCAAGACUGCCUACGAUAUGCAGAAGAAAAGUGAAGCAAAGCAAAGGAAAAUGCAGUCUAUGGUAGCUUUAAGUGCAGGAUUCAUGACCGGAAUGGCAGGACGCGCUGCGGGAACCUCUGGUUUGUCUAAAGUGACAAUCUCUAGUGAAGAUCAAAUAAAAGUUACCGAAACUAUUCGAAAAGAUUCCACAUCCAAGGGUUCUUUGGCAGCACCUCUUUUAAAUUUGGGCGGAUCGACAGAUUCAAAUUCUAGCCAAAAGUCUUCAGCACAUAAGAGUAGUGCUACUGCAACUGGUACUUCAACCACUCAAGAAUCAGACGGAGACAAGAAAGAAGAUCAAGUAGAAGCAGAAAGAUCUAGUAGUCCGGCGUUUGAUUCAGACGAAGAAAGCACAACACAGACAAACUCCAAGAAACGCCCUUCAGUGGCAAAUUUAGUGAUGCAAACUGGUGCUCUACAAUUAUUGAAUAAUAUGCGCAUGAAUGGUGGUAUGUUGAUAAAAGCAGAUACAAAACAAUCUCCAAUGUUAAAACAUGAUCCAGAAAAAGCUAAAACCUCCUUGUCACAAAUUUCUGAAAAAAGUUUGUUGGAUACUGAUAAUCAAGAAAGCUCACAAUGCGAUGGGCACACGCCAGCGCCAACAGUGCCUCUAUCUCCUGGUAGCUUUAUGUCACCUAUUUCGUCAGGUGUAGCCACACCAUCUGAACAAAGAGAAGUAUCGACUACUAUUGCUCAAAGAAUCAUACCUCCGCCAUCUGAGUUUAGAUGCAGUCCUGUUGUGUCUGAAAGUCCUCCAUCUUAUUCCGAAUCAUCUCGGACUAAAACUGUUCGUAUAAUAAAAAGCGACGGUACUUCGUAUGAUAUCCUAGUAGGUAUGGAUGAAGCUGACCUGAGGUACAUGGAUGAAAGUUCUGUGAUUGUUCCUUCUCCAACUUUUGAAAGUCCACCGUCUUCUGUUACGUUCCCGACAGCUACCGAACCAUCAUCACCGCCGACUACAAAUGCUGCUGCAAUCACAAAUACCUCAUUGUUGCAAGCUGCUUUAAUAAGAGCUACAGCCGAAGCUCAAAUAACGCAACCAAAACCCGCAUUCUCCCCUCCUCCUCCAAUUAAGGUUAAUACUGAAGUAAGUUUAUCAACAGGAGAGAAAUCCAAACCUGUAAUUACUUUAGUAUCCUCGUCUUUGCAUAAUAAUGAGUCUCAGACACCAAAGCCAACUGAAAAUAAAGUAACACCCUUAAAACUUAAUCCGAUAAGUCCUGCUGUUGAGAACAGCGAUGUUUCGAGCACCGCAGUAACUGGAUCAGGGCGCGGCGAUUCCAAGAAAGAGUUUGUUAAAAACAUAGGGAAAAAAUUAAAAGUUAAACGUUCGAAACGGGACGGCUUAUUCCAAAGUAUCGGCCGUCAGAAGUCGAAGUCAGAAAAUAGAGCUAGGAAAGCGUUUAGAACAAUAUCUUUUAUAUUAGGUGCGUUCGUUGUCUGUUGGACACCUUACCACAUUCUAGCAUUGGUCGAAGGAUUUUGUACUGAUCCACCUUGUAUCAACAAACAUUUGUAUAUGUUUUCCUACUUUUUGUGUUAUGCCAAUAGCCCAAUAAAUCCGUUUUGCUAUGCGUUAGCUAACCAACAAUUCAAGAAGACUUUCACGAGACUCUUACGAGGCGAUUUUCACAUCACCUAG